AUGGCUCUCAUGCUCAGUUUGGUUCUGAGUCUCCUCAAGCUGGGAUCAGGACAGUGGCAGGUGUUUGGGCCAGACAAGGCUGUCCAGGCUUUGGUUGGGGAGGACGCUGCGUUCUCCUGUUUCCUGUCUCCUAAGACCAAUGCAGAGGCCAUGGAAGUGAGGUUCUUCAGGGGCCAGCUCUUUAGCGUGGUCCACCUCUACAGGGACGGGAAGGACCAGCCAUUUAUGCAGAUGCCACAGUAUCAAGGCAGGACAAAAUUGGUGAAGGAUUCUAUUGCAGAGGGGCGCCUCUCUCUGAGGCUGGAAAACAUUACUGCAUUGGAUGCUGGCCUCUACGGGUGCUGGAUUGGCUCCCAGUCUUCUUACUACCAGGAGGCCACCUGGGAGCUGCAGGUGUCAGCACUGGGCUCAGUUCCUCUCAUUUCCAUCGUGGGAUAUGUUGACAGAGGCAUCCAGCUACUGUGUCGGUCCUCGGGCUGGUUCCCCCGGCCCAUCGCGAAGUGGAAAGGUCCACAAGGACAGGAUUUGUCCGCAGACUCCAGAACAAACACGAACAUGCGUGGCCUGUUUGAUGUGGAGAUCUCCCUGACCGUCCAAGAGAACGCUGGGAGCAUAUCCUGUUCCAUGCAGCAUGCUCAUCUGAGCCAAGAGGUGGAAUCCAGGGUACAGAUAGGAGAUACCUUUUUCCAGCCUAUAUCAUGGCACCUGGCUACCAAAGUACUGGGAAUACUCUGCUGUGGCCUAUUUUUUGGCAUUGUUGGACUGAAGAUUUUCUUCUCCAAAUUCCAGGGUAAGUGAGAGAGAGAAGCAUGGGCCGGCGACUUAUUCAUGGUUCCAGCAGGGACAGGAUCAGAGAUGCUCCCGCAUCCAGCUGCUUCUCUUCCUCUAGUCCUAGCCUCCAGGGGCCCAGGCCCAAAAAAGGAAAAUCCAGGCAGAACUGGACUUGGGGAAGAUACACAAACAAGCAGAAUUGAGAGAUGCCCAGAAACACGCAGUGGCGGUGACUCUGGACCCAGAGAUGGCUCACCCACAGCUCUGCGUUUCUGA